AUGUCAAGCAACCGGUGGGUUUUGAAGUCAAAGGAAGAAGGAAAAGUGUACAAACUCAACAAAGCACUAUAUGGAUUGAGACAGGCACCAAGAGCUUGGAAUCACAAGUUGAAUCAAAUCCUCAUGGAGCUCAGGUUUAAAAGUGUUCAAAGGAGCCAUCGGUUUACCGGAAGAUUGACAUACUAUCUUGGAUGGAGGUUCUGCAAUGAUGAUGGAAUAAUUAGUCAGAAACGUUACGCACAGAAGAUAGUGGAAGAAGCCGAGAUGCAAAAUUGUAACGCGGAAGAAUGUGGGCUGUCUUCGAUAUUGCUACAUACUAGACCAGAUUUGAGCUAUUGUGUAGGAGUAUUGAGUCGCUACAUGCAGAAUCCCAAGGAGUCACAUGGAGCUGCCAUGAGACAAUGCCUAAGGACAGAGGCGGCAAGACAAGCUAUUUGGCUUCAAGACUUACUUGGUGAAAUCACAGGAAGACCUUGCGAGAGAGUUGUCAUUCGCAUUGACAAUCAAUCUGCGAUUGCUCUCACAAGAAACCCAGUGUUUCACGGUCGAAGUAAGCAUAUACAUACUCGCUACCACUUCAUAAGAGAGUGUGUUGAAAACGGUCAAGUCGAGGUGGAGCACGUUCCCGGAGAGAAGCAAAAGGCAGACAUCCUUACCAAGGCACUUGGAAGAAUCAAGUUCAAAGAGAUGAGAGAUCUCAUUGGCAUGAAGGACUUAGCUGGAAAUGAGUUCAAGCUUAAAGGGGAGAAUGUUGAACUAAGCUUGAAGAAAGCUUAA